AUGAGCUUCUUUAGGCAAGUCAGACUUCUUCUCUGGAAGAACUGGAUCCUUCGGAAAAGACAAAAGCUUCGUUUUCUGGUGGAGCUUCUAUGGCCUCUGUCAUUAUUUCUUGCCCUUGUCUGGCUGAGGAAAGCUAAUCCACUGUAUCGCCAGCAUGAAUGUCACUUCCCAAACAAGGCAAUGCCAUCUGCAGGAACACUGCCAUGGUUACACGGCAUCUUCUGUAACCUGAACAACCCCUGUUUUCGUAGCCCAACCCAUGGAGAGGGUCCAGGUGUUGUGUCCAACUACAACAAUUCCAUACUUGCAAGGGUAUAUAAAGAUGCUCAGGAGCUCUUACUGGAAGCCCCGGAAUUUCGUGACCUCGGCAGAAUCUGGGAAGAACUGGUCAUUAUGACUCAGUUUAUGGAAACAAUGAGAACUAAUCCUGAAAGAAUUGCAGGAAGAGGAAUACGAAUUCUAGACAUCUUGAAAGAUGGGGAGACUCUCACUUCCUUUUUGCUGGACAAUGCUGGCCUCCCAGAUAUUGUUGUUUUCCAGCUUAUUAAUGCUCAAGUGCGUCCUGAACAGUUUGCCUAUGGUGUCCCAAACUUGACUCUGAAGGACAUUGCUUGCAGUCAGACGCUCCUGGACCGCUUUAUUAUCUUCAGCAGCCGAAGAGCUCUCCCUUCUGUGCACAAGGCUAUGUGUGCCUUGUCCCAGGAAAGCUUACAGAGAGUAGAAGAUGCCUUGUAUGCAAAUGUUGACUUCUUUAAGCUAUUUCAGCUGCUUCCCACUGUGUUAGACAGAAACUCACCAGGUGCUGACUUGAAGACCUGGGGGAGGGUGCUGUCUAAUGUCUCACAGGCAGUGCAAAAGCUUGCCAGGAAGCCAAGCGUUCAGGACCUUUUGAUGGUUCUGCAACCAUUUCUACAAGGCGUAAGGCCAGAAUCCUUAGGCCACUUGGUGAGCUCCUUGUCUGAUCUUUUCUGUGGCUACCCAGAAGGAGGUGGAUCCAGAGUGCUUUCCUUCAACUGGUAUGAAGACAAUAACUACAAAGCUUUCCUGGGAAUUGACUCGUCAAAGAAGAAAUCCAGUUAUCUUUAUGAUAGCACAACCACACCCUUUUGUAAUGCAUUGAUCCAGAACUUGGAAUCAAACCCUUUAACCAAAAUAGCCUGGAGUGCUGUGAAGCCCCUGCUGAUGGGAAAAAUUCUCUUUGCUCCUGAUUCACCUCCUGUACGGCGAAUCCUAAAAAAUGCAAACUCCACUUUUGAGGAACUUGAACGCCUCAGACUGUUGACCAAAUCUUGGGAAGAAGUAGGACCUCAGCUGUGGUACUUCUUUCAAAACAGCCUGCAAAUGAAUAUGAUCCGUGACUCUCUGAAGCACCCUACAGUGAGGGACUUCUUGAACAGCCAGCUGGGUGCUGGAGGCUUAACUGCUGAGCAUAUAAUCAACUUUCUCCACAAUGGGUCUCCAGGGAGUCGGGAGAAGGGAAUGGCAGACUUCGACUGGCGGAACAUCUUCAGGGCUGCAGACCAAGCUCUGCGUUUUAUUAAUCAGUAUCUGGAGUGCUUGACCUUGGAUAAAUUUGAAGGUUAUCUUGAUGAAACUCAACUGGCUCAUCAAGCCCUUCAUCUGCUGGAGGAAAACAAGUUCUGGGCUGGUGUGAUUUUUCCAGACAUAGAGCUUACAACCAGAAGUCUUCCACCACUUGUGAAAUACAAGAUCCGGAUGGACAUAGAUGCAGUGGAGAAAACAAACAAAAUCAAAGACAGGUACUGGGAUCCUGGUCCAAGAGCUGAUCCUGUGGAUGACCUACGUUAUAUCUGGGGAGGAUUUGCAUAUCUCCAAGACAUGAUUGAGCAUGGGAUUAUAAAGACCCAGACCAACACUGAAGUGCCAUUAGGAAUUUAUUUGCAGCAAAUGCCAUAUCCGUGUUUUGUGGAUGAUGUCUUCAUGAUCACCUUAAACCGCACCUUUCCCAUCUUCAUGGUGUUAGCUUGGAUAUAUUCAGUUUCCAUGACCGUGAAGAGUAUAGUGCUGGAGAAGGAAAUGCGUCUGAAAGAGGCUAUGAAGAACAGAGGUAUAACUAAUGGGGUGAUUUGGUGCACUUGGUUCCUAGACAGCUUCGUCAUGAUGUCUGUGAGCACGUUCCUCCUCACAGCACUGAUUAUGCGCGGACAAGUCCUACAUUAUAGCAGUCCACUUCUCUUCUUUCUAUUCCUACUGACAUUCACCACAGCCACCAUAAUGCAGUGUUUCUUAUUCAGUACCUUCUUCUCCAAAGCAAAUCUGGCAGCUGCCUGCAGUGGAGUCAUCUACUUCACCUUGUACCUGCCCCACAUCGUCUGCUUUGUCUGGCAAGACCGCAUGACUGUGAAUCUGAAGAUCCUCGCAAGUUUGCUUUCUCAAGUAGCUUUUGGUUUUGGUACAGAAUACUUGUCGCGCUACGAAGAGCAAGGUCUUGGCCUACAGUGGGGUAACAUCAGAACCAGUCCCUUGGAAGGAGAUGAAUACAGUUUUCUUUUUUCCAUUAAAAUGAUGCUUUUUGACGCUUUUCUCUAUGGAAUACUUUCUUGGUAUCUUGAUAAUGUUUUUCCAGGGGACUACGGGCUACCACAGCCUUGGUAUUUCCCUGUGCAGGAAUCUUACUGGCUUGGCUCUAAAAAUCCAAACGCUGAGAAAACAAAGGCCAUGGAAGGGGAAAAAAAUGAAAGCAGAACAAAGAAAUCUGAAGAACCUGAAAAGCCAGAAGAAAAGAUAAAUACCUUCUUUGAGCCUGAGCCGACAGGAUUGAUUCCAGGAGUUUGCAUUCAGAACCUGGUGAAGAUUUUUGCCAACAGGCCCAAGCCAGCAGUAGAUGGGAUGAAUAUUACUUUUUAUGAGGGCCAGAUCACAGCCUUCCUUGGUCACAAUGGAGCAGGAAAGACAACCACCAU